GUUUUCCCAGUAGAAAAACAGAAAAAAUGUUCGAUAUUAAGGCUUGGGCUGAAUACAUCGUGGAGUGGGCUGCAAAGGACCCAUACGGCUUUCUUACUACAGUGAUCUUGGCCCUCACACCAUUGUUCAUAAUCAGUGCAGCGCUUUCAUGGAAGCUUGCAAAAAUGAUUGAGGCCAGGGAGCGAGAGCAAAAGAAGAAACAGAAACGCCAAGAGAAUAUUGCGAAAGCCAAACGAACAAAGAAGGAUUAAGUGGGCAAAAAAAACCCAAAACCUUCCUUGUGCAAAGAAUCCACUUUUUUAAUGAAACACUUGUACAUUUUGUGUUGUAACUGUCCUUUGAUACUUGAUCCUGUUAUUUCUUGAAGUAUGAAAUUUAAUCCCUUCAGUGUAUUUUUUCUGCUGAGAUGAUUUGUGUUAAAGUUUGCCCAAGUGACACUUGUUACAAUCAUUUAAUCUACUACUUGUGUUCUAGUGCAUGUUGCUUUUCUAAAUUUGCAUGGUAAAUUAAAAAAAUUAAUCUCUUG